UGUGCUACUUUUCAAAAAUCAAAACAAGAGAAACCAACGUAGUGCAAAUUCAAUGCAUUGGUUUUGUUAGCAUUUGAGGUUUAAAACAGUGAAGAUCAACAAACCCAUUUUAGAUGGAUUUAAUUUAACAAAUACUAAUACCAAUACACUUUGAUUACCAAAUUUCAAACCUCCUUUAACUACGCAGACUCCCUCCAUGUGAGCUAUGUCUCGAUCACUGAGCUUCCUAUUCCCUGAUUCUUUUCUCUCUCUCUCUCUCUGAUAAUUGAAACAUCAUCUCACUAUUUCUAUAUGCUUCCGCGAAUCUUCAUUUCUCUCUUUCCUCUGCAACCAGUAGGUCAUUUCUUUUCAACAUUUCAUCUUUACUUCUCUGCAUAUUUAUUAAUUAAUGGGAUGUUAAGUUUGAGAAAAAUUUCAAGAAGGGAAAAUGGGUUGUACUGCUUCUUUGUAUGCUGUUGGGUUGAGAAAGAAGAAGCCGAGUAUACCAGAAGUUGUAGUCUAUGUUCCUCCAAUCAGAAUUCCAGUACAAUCUGAUCUUCAAAGAUCACUUAAAGGGUUAAUUCCUCAAGAUCUUAUGGAUAGAUUGGCUUCUCUUCGUAAUCAGAUUACUUUAGUAGCAGAGGAUACUGGUGGAUCUGCUAUAAAUGAAUUAAAUCGAGCAUUGGAAGAGUAUUUGUCUCUUCUUACUGGACUUACUAAGAAAGAACAUGGUCUCGAGGACUUGGUGGAAUUCAAGUGGAAGAAUUCGGAUGGAAAAUAUCAGGAAAACUCUGUGUCAAACUCCUGGUUUGAAUUACUAUCUGUUGUUCAUAUGAUGGCAAUGUUGACUUUAUCAGAGGCUAAUUCACUUUUGAUCCCUAAAGAUCACUCUGGUUCUGGCAUAAGAGUUGUCUCUUCAGAUUGUAAGAGGGAAGCUGUUGAUUUACUGCUUAAAGCAGCAGGGUUCUUGGAAUUCUGCGUUCGGGAAAUAUCGGUUCGCAUUCCACCAGAUAUUAAGAAAAUUUUUUCAAAAGAUCUGCAAGAUGGUGUACUGGAGGCUUUAUCCAUUCAAGCACUAGGCCUGGGAACUGAAAUUCAGCUUGGUUUAGCCGUUGACAGCCAAAAGGCAACUUUAUCAGUAAAGAGGAGGUUGGCAUGUGAACAGCUGAUUUACUUUAGUCAGGCUUAUAGUUGCCUGUCGGGAUGUGACAUGAAUCAUGAAUAUGGGAAGAAGCAUCUCUGGUUCAUUAAGUGGAAAUUCCUUGAAGCGAAGGGAGCAGCUUACUACUACCAUGGGCUGAUCCUUGACAAAGGUAAUGAACCAGCUUGUCAUAUUAGUGCUGUAUGUUGUUUUCUUGCUGCAGAAGAACUUCUAUCAGAAAGCAAGAAAGCUUGCUUAAGCUUUUGCCUUGCAGCUCCUGUUACCAGGUCUCCUCCAUUGUGGGGUGCUAUGAAGCACUUGCAUCAGAAAAUUCCUGAAGUUGCUUCAAGAAAAUCUCAGAUGUAUGGAUACCUAUUAGAAGAAGAGAAGGCUCUACAAACAUUACCUGACUUGCCGGAUUUCCAACUGUCUUUAAGACCGGACGAUUAUGUAUUGCCUGAAAUAAAUGAAGCAUGGGAUAGAGAAAAAUGGGAAAUCCAGAGCCAAUCCUUAAAAGAACAUCUCAAAGAUUGUGAAGAUGAGAUUGGAACAGAAUAACAAAAUUUUAAGACUUCUUCUUUCUGUGUAGCUUAAUACAUACUUCAAUCUUCUUUGUCCUUUGAACUUCAAAUCUGAUAUAUUAUGUUUGCCAAAUCUAUGUAAAUUAUCCAUUCCUGUAUUAUCACCACAUUGUGGGUGUGAAAUUCGCGUUCAUGACCAAAUAAUGGGCUUUACAAAAUUAUACAAUA